AUGGCUUGGUCGUUUGCGGAAGCUGCUGUGUCGACUACAGCUUUAUGGAUGACGUCCUUGACGAUGACGCAAUCGAAGGGCGAUGAAUCAGUCUUACCAACAGUUUUUGUACCGCCCCCUUCAGCAACUCCGCAAAGUCUGUUCCCUGCAGGCAUUGGACGCAAAGCUCACCCACCUGUGACACGAUUUAUUCGAGCGGACGACCCAGAGUCUCUUCUUAUCUACACCGACGGUGCAUGCCUCGGCAAUGGACAAGUUGAGCCCAAGGGAGGAUGGGCAUUUGUUUUUGGACCUCAAGAACUAAACACCACUGCGAGUAUAAACGAACGUCUGGAAAACCAGGGUCCAUUGGGCGAUUAUGCUAACCCAACCAGCAACAGAGCAGAGCUUCGAGCUAUCAUCGGCGCCCUUCGUUACAAGAACUGGGCGAGCGAAGGAUUCACCACUCUUGUCCUGGCGACUGAUUCAGAAUAUGUCGUCAAAGGUGCAACAGAGUGGAUCCGAGCAUGGCUGAGGAGGGGAUGGAGGAAAAGCGACGGAGCGGUUAUUCAGCUUUGGAAGAUUUCGCGAGAGUGGAAUACUGAAGCGGAUCGGUUGGCGAAGGAGCGUGCACAGCUUGAUGAGGAGCUUACCUAUAAAGAAAGGCUGGGUAUCGUCCCAUGA